AUGGCGGAUUCCCAGGCCUGCUUGCUUUUGAAGAAGCAACUGAGAGAUUUGCUUAAGAAUCCCGUCGACGGGUUCUCUGCGGGUCUCGUGGACGAUUCUAAUCUUUUCGAGUGGCAAGUCACGAUCAUUGGCCCGCCGGAUACCCUCUAUGAGGGUGGGUUCUUCAAUGCAAUCAUGAGCUUCCCAAACAACUACCCCAACAGCCCACCGCAAGUCCGCUUCACGUCGGAAAUGUGGCAUCCAAACGUCUACCCCGACGGCCGGGUGUGCAUAUCGAUCCUGCACGCACCUGGCGACGACCCCAAUGGAUACGAGCUGGCAAGCGAACGCUGGUCGCCCGUGCACACUGUGGAGACCAUCUUGUUGAGCAUCAUCUCCAUGCUCUCUAGCCCCAACGACGAAUCGCCUGCUAACAUUGACGCAGCGAAAGAGUGGCGGGAGACACGUGACGUGUUCAAGAAGAAAGUUGGCAGAUGUGUAAGAAAAUCACAAGAAGAUAUGUGA